AUGCACAGUCGGUCCAAAAUACCCAAAUUCAACAUGUAUAACAACUCGAACGGUAGUGCGGAGCAUGGGGAAUCUACCACGAACGCUGCUGAGAAGGAAACUACACAGAGUGAAAGCUCUGGUGAAGUGUUGAAGGCGGAGAAACAAAACGAAGCUGAACGUCAAGAAGUGUUGAGUGAAGAAGAAGCAGUAGAAGAAGAGGCGUCGGAACACUCACAAGGUGUUACGGCGGAUGAUGGAACGGCUGAGCCAACCACCACAGAAUCACCGCAAAAAGCCGUGCCGGAUACCGAUCCCAAGGAGCCGGAGGAGGAACAGGUCGAGGAGGAUGUGAUAGAGGAAGUGCUGGAGGAAGUGGAAGAUGUGUUGGAGGAAGAGGAGGAGGAGGAGGAGGAAGAAGAAAUGGUCGGUGUCAUCGAAGAAAAUGCAUCCGAAGAAGUGAAGCAGGAGGAGGAUGGACUAUCAGAGCAAGAUACUAAAAACAUCGAGGAAAUUAAGCAUGAAGAGGAAGGUGAGCUAGUGGUCGAGAGCGAAUCCCGCGACCGGAAAUCUACCGUCAAUCUAGAUUUGUGUCGGGUGUGCAUGGGAACGGAAGAGUUAUCGGAUAUUUUUCAGCUCGAAGGACCCGUUCGUGUUAGUGAUGUCAUAAUGAAGAUAUGUACCAACGUUCGCAUCACUGCACGAGAUCAUCUUCCACACAAAAUAUGCGAGCGAUGCCUAGGACAUGUGCGUAUCGUGAAUGAGUUUAAGAUUCGCUGCGAGGCGUCCGAUAAGGAGUUGCGAAAGAAUCUGAGGCGAAGCACCAACAAAGGCCGGCGACAAACGGAUGUUAUUGUUGUUAAUUGUCCGAUGUCCGACACGGACAAAGAGGACGACGAACCCGUCGAUGACGACGAGUACAAGGUGUCCCAGUCGGAGGUUGAAUCGGAACCUGUUACGUCGGAUGAUAGCUUUUCACCGCCCAACAAAAGGAAACGAACGCCAAAAAGACGAGGCAGGCCAGCAGGUACACCCGGGCGAAGAGGGAGAGGUGUUCGAAAACCAAAACACAUGGCAAUCGAUUCACCGAAGCAGGGGACAUUUUUGCCCAAACGCGGACCGGGCAGGCCUCCCAAGUAUCCGAAAACUACCAGUCUCAAGAACAUAGUGUACAUAGAAGCGCCGGAGGACAGCUCCAGCUCAGGAGGAGAAGAAGAGGUGAAGCGUAGGCGUCGGAGACGUGGCGAUAAUCCCUGUCCUAAAUGUGACGAAGUCCUUCCAAGCCAGCUUGCUCUCAAACAGCAUCUGAAAAGCCACCCUGAAGAUCGAUUCAACUGUGAUCGGUGUUCGUUAUUUUUCAAAACCGAACGUGCUCUCACGAAUCACAUCGAGCGGCAUGAAAAAGCCGAUAAAAUUCGCGAAGAGAAGCGCAAGGAGCGUGAACAGCGGCAGCGGGAUUCACCUAGAACGAUGGAUACUGAUGAGAAGAAAUCCAGGUUCUCGGGUUCCUACGGUUCGGCAAACGCAGAAAAGAAGAAAAAAUCGGAACCAUCUCCUGCCACCAGCGGAAGGGAUCUAUUUAAGUGCGUAGCACCCCUAACAUCCACCUAUUGGAGUGAUAGUUUCUCCGAUUAA